AUGUGGUCCAAGUGCAUUCCAGACAAGGAGAAGGGUCUGGCCGAAACAAACUCCGUCAACGAGCUUGUCCAGCAGAAGGCAUGGAAGGAUACCCUAUGCAUCGAUCCAUUGCUGUGGACUAGGGCCCAAUGCCGACUUGUUAGUUGUCAAUUCAAGCAUGACUUAGUUGCGCAGAACCGUGUCUUUCCACCCGGUUGGUGGGCAGCCCCCGGCUUGAGCAACGCAGAUGUGUGCAAGAUACAUGCAGAUGUACAUGGCCAGCUUAAAACCCUCGACAACAAGUUUAAGACGCUCAAGCAGGUUCUGAACGAGAACGGCUUCGAGGCUUUAGGAGAUGAACGUGAUAUGCCCGAGAACAUAUUCGUGUCGUCUUAUAGGCGCGAGCUAUCAUUCAUCUAUCACGACAAGUCAUACGCCAAGGUCGCCGCAGACGCCAUCUUCACGCAUACCACUGGCCACAACCUCGCCUAUGUCGACCUCGACUACGCACGCUCCAUUCGCAGACAAGCUUUGGGGGCCGCUCCGCCUUCCUUCCGAGCCGGUCAGCACGCCUCUGCCUUUGUCGGUUUGGAGCAGCCGUCUCCUGAGAAGCCGCGCCACGAUGCAGAGGACCCAUAUAUUGUAGCACUCUUGAUUGCAUUGGCUCAAAAGCAGCGCCAAGACGAGGACCGAAGACCGCGACGCCAGCGUAACGCUGCAACCCAGGGCGAGCCACAGACAUCCAGACUCCGCACCAAGUCCAAGACGCCGAAGCCCCAGAUCAAUGACACAGAUACUUGCUACACGGUUACUGUCGUGGCCGUCCCGGAGAAGGCGAAAUGCCUGUACUGCUACACCGCCACCUUCCCCAUGAAAUUCCUACAGAAGCUCUAUGAGCCAUCUGAAUAUACGCCCUCCGACUGGGUCACUAUUUCCUACUUCAAAGCGCCCAUGAGGGAGAAAAUCCACCUCGUCCAGAUGUUGAUCCCUACCAUGGAGCUGAUCAACUCGGGAAGAGCCAGCAUCCCUCCAAGUGAGGGACAUCAUACCUCACUGUAG